AUGGAGCUUGAGAACAUCGUGGCCAACUCGCUGCUGCUGAAAGCGUGUCAAGGAGGAUAUGGCAAAAAAAGUGGUCGUAGUAAAAAAUGGAGGGAGAUACUGAUGUUGCCUCCUGUCAGCCAGUGCAGUGAGCUCAGACAUUCCAUUGAAAAGGAUUAUAGCAGUCUUUGUGACAAGCAACCAAUAGGAAGACUUCUCUUCAGGGAGUUCUGUGAUACCAAACCCCCCCUAAAGAGGCACAUUGAAUUCCUGGAUGCAGUGGCAGAAUAUGAAGUGGUAGAUGAUGAGAACCGAAGUGAUUGUGGACUGUCAGUCUUCAAUAUAUUCUUCAAUGAAAGAAUUACCCAUAACUACUUAAGACGGGAACCAUUUGAAGAAUACCAAGAAAGCUCACAUUUUUCCCAAUUUUUACAAUGGAAAUGGCUGGAAAGGCAACCCGUAACCAAGAACACAUUUAGACAUUACAGAGUUCUAGGAAAAGGCGGAUUUGGAGAGGUUUGUGCCUGUCAAGUGCGAGCCAUGGGAAAAAUGUAUGCCUGUAAAAAGCUACAGAAGAAAAGAAUAAAGAAAAGGAAAGGUGAAGCUCUGGCUCUAAAUGAAAAAAGGAUUUUGGAGAAAGUGCAAAGUCGAUUCGUGGUUAGUUUAGCCUACGCUUAUGAAACCAAAGAUGCCUUGUGCUUGGUGCUCACCAUUAUGAAUGGAGGGGAUUUGAAGUUUCACAUUUACAACCUGGGCAAUCCCGGCUUUGAUGAGCAGAGAGCUGUUUUCUAUGCUGCAGAACUGUGUUGCGGCUUGGAAGAUUUACAGAGGGAAAGAAUUAUAUACAGAGACCUAAAGCUUGAGAAUAUUCUCCUUGAUGAUCGUGGACACAUCCGGAUUUCAGACCUCGGUUUGGCCCUGGAGAUUCCAGAAGGGCAGAUGGUUCGAGGAAGAGUUGGAACGGUGGGCUACAUGGCGGCCUCUCGGAGCCUCAGGAAGUCACUCCGCUCUGGUGGUUCCAAAGUUCUGGGGGCGGUGCCAGCCAACCCCAGGGUGGUCUCUGAGGGCCUCACAGGGUCCUGCAGGAAGACCACAAGGUCUUGUGGCUUUCUGCUGUUGUGGCUUCUGGGAGAUUCCCAGCGGAGGAGCCCCACGGGUCGCCAGCGCGACUCUUGUGACCGGCGAGGCGGUUUUGCCGGCGCCUCAGAGCAUCGGUUCUUGGUGCAGAGUCAGAAAAGCACCAUCAAUCUUAACGCCGCUGAUUUUGUCGGUGCAGUGGGUUGCUCAGAUUUCGGCGCUGAUAAUCAAUAA